CUCACGGUUCGGUUUGGUUCCUGAUGCCUUGGUCGCGAGACCUUGAGGAGCUUUUUCCAGGCGUCCUGAGUAGGUCCGGGGCGCCCAGGGCAUUCCGAGGUCACCCCGCCCGGCGCCAUGUCCUGGAUGUUCAAGAGUAUUUGCAGUCUGUCCAGUAUGGAGCCCAUAGAAAAUUUCCAAGACUUUCAUACCGAACUUUCUUUCCACGUUUUGAAUUCCAAGACAUUUUCCCUCCAGAUGACUUCCUAACUGGUGAUGAAGAGCUAGAUUCCGUUUUAUUUGGAACUUUGAGAGGUCAAGUUGUUGGACUACGCUAUUACACAGGAAUAGUAAAUAAUAAUGAAAUGGUUUCUUUACAACGAGAGCUUAAUCAUCCCUAUGAUAAGAAUGCAAUUAAAGUAAAUAAUGUGAAUGGAAAUCAGGUUGGCCAUUUAAAGAGAGAUCUUGCAGCUGCCUUGGCCUAUAUCAUGGACAACAAAUUGGCACAAGUGGAAGGGGUAGUUCCUUUUGGUGCAAAUAAUGCUUUUGCCAUGCCUCUUCAUAUGACUAUUUGGGGAAAAGAAGAAAAUAGAAAAGUGGUUUUAGGUCAGUUGAAGAAACAUGGAUUUAAAUUGAGUCCAACACCAAAAACUCUCGGAUUGAGUUUGGAGAAUAAUUGGGGUUCUGGAAGAGCUGGACCAUGCUAUAAUAUGCCAGGUCAUGUUACAGUACAGAUAACAACUGAACAGCUCAAAAUGGAAUUUGAUAAAUUAUUUGAAGAUUUAAAAGAGGAUGGUAAAACUAAUAAAAUGGAGCCAGCUGAGGCUAUUGAAACCCCAUUGCUUCCAUACCAAAAACAAGUUCUGGCUUGGAUGAUUUUACGAGAGAACAGCAAAGAGCUUCCACCAUUCUAACAGCUAAAUGACUUCUAUUAUAACACAAUAACAAAUUUUUCUGAGAAGGAAUGACCAGAAAAUGUCCAUGGAAAAAUUUUAGUUGAUGAUAUGGGUUUGCCAUCCAGAUGUAGUGAAGAACCAGGUGUUUCAGCUAUUCAGGAGAAGAAUAAGUAUUCCAUGUUGGAAUUGUCUAGUUUCUGCCCUAGAAGAAGAAAAAUUGCUGUUCAAUACAUUGAACAUUCAGAGGACACUGAAUCUAGUGAACUGCCACAGAAAAUGAAAGGUAAUAUGAGAAAAAUGCAGUCAGAUACUCAAAGUAGAGUAAAAGGAUCAUCUAAGGUUAAAGAAGAUACAAAAUUUGCUCAUGCACUUACUUCAUCUGCCCUUGCAACAAAGAAGAAAAUGUUGAAAAAGGGAGUAUCUGUGGUCGAGGGCUCAAAGAAAUGUGACACUUGAGAGAAGACAAGAACAAUACUGAUCAUCUGUCCACUUUCUGUGCUGAACAAUUGGAUUGAACAAUUGGGACAACAUAUAAAAUCAGAAGUGCACCUGAAUUUUUAUGUUUAUUAUGGUCCUGAUCGUAUUAGAGAUCCAGCCUUGCUUUCAAAACAGGAUAUUGUUUUGACUACUUAUAAUAUUUUAACUCAUGAUUAUGGAAAUAAAGAUGACAGUCUAUUACAUAGCAUAAAAUGGCUAAGAGUGACUGGACAUGCCAUACAAAAUCCAAAUGCUCAGCAGACAAAAGCUAUACUUGACUUAGAGGUAGAAAGAAGAUGGGUAUCGACAGGAUUUGGGACUCAAUGGCAUUUACAGUCCUUAAUUAAAAAUAUCACACUUUAAAGAACAAAGACAAGCAAAAUUAAAGGGAAUCCUGUUUUGGAGUUACCAGAAAGGAAAGUAUUUAUUGAGCAUGUUACACUUUCAGAAGAAGAGAGAAAGAUUUAUCAGUCUGUUAAAAAUGAAGGCAAAGCUACCAUUGGAAGGUAUUUUACUGAAGGUACUGUUCUUGCACACUAUGCAGAUGUUUUGGGUCUUCUGCUUAGAUUGCGGCAGAUUUGUUGUCAUACUCAUCUUCUCACAAAUGGAAUGUCUUCGAGUGGUCUUUCCGGAAAUGAUACACAUGAAGAACUGAGAAAGACAUUAAUAAAGAAGAUGAAGUUAAUUCUGAGCUCUGGUUCAGAUGAAGAAUGUGCAGUUUGCAUGGAUUCAUUAAGUUCUGUGAUAACACAUUGUGCACAUGUUUUUUGUAAACCUUGUAUUUGCCAGGUCAUUCAAAGUGAGCAGCCACAUGCUAAAUGCCCUUUAUGCAGAAAUAAUAUACAUGGAGAUAAUUUAUUGGAAUGUCCUCCAGAAGAAUUGGCAUGUGACAGUGAGAAAAAGUCUGAUAUGGAAUGGACAUCCAGUUCAAAGAUUAAUGCUCUAUUGCAUGCUUUGAUUGAAUUAUGGACAGAGAACCCCAACAUAAAAAGUUUAGUUGUUUCUCAGUUUACCACAUUCCUGUCUUUAAUAGAAACACCACAUAAAGCCUCAGGAUUCACGUUUACUCAUUUAGAUGGUUCUGUGGCUCAAAAGAAAAGAGUUGAAUCAGUUCAAUGUUUUCAAAACACAGAAGCAGGAUCUCCCACUAUAAUGUUACUGUCCUUAAAAGCAGGUGGAAUUGGCUUGAAUCUUUGUGCAGUUUCUUGGGUAUUCUUAAUGGAUCCAGCCUGGAACCCUGCUGCAGAAGAUCAGUGCUUUAACAGAUGCCAUCGACUUGACCAGAAGCAAGAGGUUAUCAUCACAAAGUUCAUUGUAAAGGAUUCUGUUGAAGAAAAUAUGUUGAAAAUACAAAACACAAAAAGAGAACUUGCAGCUGGAGCUUUUGGAACUAAAAAAACAGAUGCUAAUGAAAUGAAACAAGCUAAAAUCAAUGAAAUCAGAACUUUGAUUGAUUUAUAA